AUGAGCUCGGCGGUGCACGGGGAGACGAGGGUUUUCGUCAUGGCGGGGACCGCUAGUCCGCUGCGGCUGUAUCUCUUCAUGGGGGGUCCGACGUUGGAGGUUAUGUUUCGGGAGCAUCGCGAGUCGGGCACCAAUUCCUUCCGAGAGCUACCGGGAAACAUGCUUAGCACGGAGUUGCACGUCUACCGCAAAUCGUUAGGGGCCGCCGGGGGGGCGAAGAAGGGCUUGGACAAGGAGGAUGGCGGCGGGGGUGGGGGUGUCGGCGGGGCGGCGGCGGCGGCGGCGGCGGGGCCCCUGAGUGGGCGAGGGGGCGUGAGAAGGCAUAAGGAGGUCCCGCAUUCGUUCGCGCUCUUGACCUCGAUGGGGAUCUACCAUGGGAGCCUUGCCUUGGGGAACGAUGCCACGCCAGGCAACGUCAUCUCCGAAGCGCAGCUCGUGCCGUAUCCGGAGGCGGCGGAGGCGGGAGAAGGUGGCGGCGGCGGCGGCGGCGGCGGGGGGGCCGUUGCGAGGUCAUCAUCCCCGCUCUCGAUGGCGAUGACGGAGUUCCACUUCCUGCUGCUUUUCACCGGCCGCUUGCAGGUGGUCAGCAGGCUCAACGGUGCUGUUGUUCAGGAGGAAAGCCUGGAGACCCAUGACCCUACCAUGGGGCACGUUCUGACCCUGCUGACCGACCCCUACACGGGAGGCGGGGCAAUGCAGGGAGCGGCCCCUGGCAUUGGCGUAGCCAAUCGGCUGUGGCUCUUCACAGACAGGCUUCCGUUCAAGUUGCGGGUGUCGCAUGAGGAACGGGACGUGUGGAUGCUCUUCCUGGAGAAGGCCGUCGCGGGGGAGGAGGCGCACUUCGAGGACGCCGCUCAGCACUGCAAGAACGCCGUAGAACGGGCGCAGGUCCACUACGUCCAGGCGGGUUGGUACUUCCGUCGGGGACAGCACACGGUCGCGGCGCGCUACUACGCCAAGACGCCCUGCUGCUUCGAGGAGAUAGCGUUGAAGUUCAUGGAGUGCGAGGACGGCUGGAAGGCCACUGCUUUGAAGACGUACCUCCUCGAGCGACUCGGGCACCUGUCCCAGAAGCAGGGGGAGUACAAGAUGCAGCGGACCAUGCUGUGCACGUGGCUGACCGAGAUCUUUCUGAGGGGCUUCACCUACCUGCCGCUGGAUUCGGGGACUGCACGAGAGAGGGAAGAGGCGGAGAACUCCCUGGCCGAGGAGCUCAAGUCCUUCCUGCGGGAGUACUCUUCCGCCCUCGACCCGGCCACGACCAUGAACCUCCUGUCCAAACACGGCCGCGGGGAGGAGGCGUUAUUCUACGCUACCCUCGUGGAGGACUACGACAGGGUGCUCGCGCACCACACCAGCCACGGCCCGGACCACAAGGCCGCCCUGGAGGUUCUGAGAAAGGCGCCAUUCGACAAGGUUGAGCCCCUCGUGUACAAGUACAGCGCUUCUCUCAUGGCGGCCGACCCGGCGGGGACGAUCGGAACCUGGAUGUCCAAGCCCCAGCUGAAGCCCACCAAACUCAUCCCCGCGUUGGUUCGCUACAGCCAGCGGCGCAAGGCGGCGAUGGAGAGGCUGUCCGCGUCCCCCCCCGCAGCGGUUUCGGUUUCUCCGACGGCGGCGGCGGAGGGAAAUGCCUCCUUGGCGGCGGCGGGGGAAGGGGAGGACUUGGCCAUCAAGUACCUCGAGUUCUGCGUCAACGACCUCAAUCUCAAGGAUGCCGCCAUCCACAACCACCUCCUCGCUCUCUAUGCCCAAGAGGAAGAGUGGCGAGAAAGCCACAGACACCCUUCGUCGCUUUCCACCAGGGGGUACAAGGCGUUGUCGGGGGUUGACGAUGCGUACCAGGCGUUGUCGGGGGCGGGGUCUGUUUCGGGGUCGGGGUUGACGAAGCAGCAGCAGCAGCAGCAGCCGUCGUGGCUAGCAGAAGGCGGCGAUGGCGGAGGGGGAGGAGAAGCCGCCCCAAGGACGGGGGCAGCUAGAGCAACAGCUUCGGGGUCGUCGGCGCUUCUGGCGUUCAUCGCCAGGCCGCCGGAGGAGAGAUUCUUCGACCCGAUCUUCAAGAGGGAGAUCUGCGUGUCCCUGGAGGAGUACAACGGCAAGAUCGAGAGCCUCAGGAAGGAGAUGGAGGACUACACGCUCAGCUCGGAGGCGGUGCAGACCGAAAUUGUGGAACUACAGCAGAGGAGCAUCUACGUCUCGUCGAACCAGACCUGCGAGCUGUGCAAGCGAAACAUUCUCAGCACGCAGUUUUACGUGUUCCCUUGCGGACACGCGUUCCACUUCGAGUGCCUGUUGGAAAACAUCCGGCCGCACCUCUCGGUGGAGCAGCGGUCGGCGGUGGAGUCACUGGUUGCGAUGAUCGCUGCCGGCGGGGGCGGGGGAGGCGGAGACGCGAAGCACGGUUCUGCCGCAGUUGCUGGAGGCAGGGGGCCUGGCGGGGCAACAGCAGCAGCAGCAAACGGUGGUGCUGAUGGGUCGAGGAGGGCGCAACAUUACCUCAGGUCGUUGCAGACGGAGCUGGACGGGUACGUGGCAGGCGAGUGUGUCCUUUGCGGUGACAUGAUGGUCCAGAGCGUCGACAAGCCCCUCGUCGCUGUGGAGGAACAGGCGGAGCAAAUGCACCAGUGGGCGCUGUGACCGAGUGGCGUUUGGUCAGGUCAGGUUGUGGACUGCUGCUCGAGGAACAGGCAUCAGUGGCGCUUUGUGACCGCUGUUCGAGUCGAGUCGAUCGUUUUGGUCAGGUUGUGGAUAGCUGUUCGAGGAACAGGCAGAACAACUACACCAGUGGGCGUUGUGACGCGUUUGGUCGGGUUGUGGACUGCUGUUCGAGGGACAAGCAUCAGUGACGCUUUGCGACCGCUGUUCGAAUCUCGGUUUGGUCGGGUGGUGGACUGCUGCUCGAGUAACGACCAGAACAUGUGCUCAGUGGGCUUUUCGUGAACCGUGUGUGUUUGGUCAGGGUGGGUACUGCCGUUCGAGGAACGACCACAACAUGUGCUCAGUGGGCUUUUUGUGAACCGUUUAUUUUUGGUC